CAGCCGAGAGGAGCUGGAUGUCCCCUUGGAUCUUCACACAGCUGCCUCCAUUGGCCAGUAUGAGGUGGUGAAGGAGUGUGUGCAGCGCUAGCUCCUUCCUGGAUGUUGUAACUGGAGAGAACUGGCAAGACCUUUUCUGACUCCCCUGCUUGAUCAUGAUGGAUAUUGCUAUAGGUACAAAAAAAGAUUAUUGGCCUUGUCCAGGAGGGGCUGGGCAGAUGAGAGCAUUAAAAUAGGCAGUUACGUUCGUCACUUUUACUUUUUUUUCCUUUUCUGUUUGUUGUUUGUUUGCUUGUUUUUUUUUUUUUUAAAAAAAAAAUUAUUUAUUAGUCUGUAACCAUAGCCCAUGGAAUGCUUUUUGUAUUUAGGGUGGCUCUUCCCACAUCAGUUAACCCAAUCUAGAAAAUUCCUCAGACAUGUGCAAAGGUAUGUCUCUUAGUUGAAUCCAGACCCUGUCAAGUUGACAGUCAUGAUUAACCAUCACAAGAGUGUAAGACAAGAGGGUGGAAACACCUAGCCGGGGAUGGCUCGAAACAAGUGACUCCUACUUUCUGGAAGGGCAGCUUGUCCUACUAGGCCUGGUACCUGGUUCUCAUGAAGCCACAUGUGAGAUGCUGGGUAUAUCUAGCAUAACUUGUGUUUGUUUAGGAGAGAGUUAGAUUUGAAUAAGAAGAAUGGUGGUGGCUGGACCCCGCUGAUGUAUGCCUCCUACAUUGGACACGAUACCAUUGUUCACUUGCUGCUUGAGGCAGGUGUGAGUGUGAAUGUGCCAACCCCAGAAGGACAGACUCCACUGAUGCUGGCCUCCAGCUGUGGCAACGAAAGCAUCGCCUACUUUCUGCUCCAGCAAGGUGCAGAGCUUGAGAUGAAAGACAUCCAGGGCUGGACUGCACUCUUCCACUGUACCAGUGCCGGUCACCAACAGAUGGUCAAAUUUCUUCUGGAGAGUGGAGCCAAUGCCAACGUGAGGGAGCCUGUAUAUGGAUUUACUCCUUUGAUGGAAGCAGCUGCCUCUGGCCAUGAGAUAAUUGUGCAGUAUUUUCUGAAUCACGGGGUCAAAGUUGACACAAGAGACCACAGUGGAGCCACAGCCCGGAUGUUAGCCAGGCAGUAUGGCCACAUGAAGAUUGUAGCCUUGAUGGAAACUCACUCACCUGUACUGCCCAAGAGCCUCUACCGUAGCCCAGAAAAGUAUGAAGAUUUGAGCUCUUCCGAUGAGUCUUGGCCUGUACCUCAGCGCCAGAGGCCCUGUCGAAAGAAGGGCCUCAGUAUCCAUGAGGGGCCACGUGCCCUGGCCAGGAUCACAGCUAUUGGACUUGGAGGCAAGACUCAGACCAGCUAUGGUGAGAGGCACGGUUCCCAAAGCUCUUUGGUAUCGCGUGCCAAGACUGGAUAUGUACAGGACUGCCCUGAGCAAGUUCCUCCACGGGGCUAUGUGACCUUCACUAGCAGUGAUGAGAAUACCAUGGAAGGCGAGGGCCUCUGCUACCGAGAUGUCACUUCCCCCAUCAAUGAACGGGAUGUGGAGAGCAGUAGCAGCAGCAGCCGGGAGGAACCCACUUUCUGUGCCAGUCUUGGGCCUGUGUGGAGGAGCAGCAGCAGUGAUGGCCUAGCAAGAGCCCAGGGUCUCAGCAGUGAAGCCUCCAUAGAAAGCAAUGAGGACUCUGAUCAUGCCCAGAAAAGCUCUGUUCGCAAACAAACCAGGAGUUAUUUGAAGAAUAAGAGUCGUCCCAGCAACAGUGAUGGUCACUGGCCUUCCAGCACAGGGACUGCUUCCACUCUGGGGUCUGAACCCCAAACUGAGAAGUCCCCUUACUCAGGACCCCAGGACCUCGCCACGCUGCUGGAGCAGAUCGGGUGUCUGAAGUACCUGCAAGUGUUUGAGGAGCAGGAUGUAGACCUGCGUAUCUUUCUGACUCUCACUGAAAGUGACCUGAAGGAAAUUGGCAUCACGUUGUUUGGGCCCAAAAGGAAAAUGACCUCUGCCAUUGCCCGCUGGCACAGCAGUGCUCGCCCACCUAGUGAUGCCCUAGAGCUGGCCUAUGCUGACCGGCUAGAGGCUGAGAUGCAGGAGCUUGCCAUCCAGCUACACAAAUGCUGUGAGGAGGCAGAGGCUCUGCGUGGCCAGGUAUCCCAGGAGCAGGAAUUGCGGGCUGUAGUAGAGAGCUGCCUCCUGGAGCAGGAUAGUGCCCGAAAAGACAUUCAUGCCCAGCUACAGGAGGCCCAAACCCUGACGCAGGAUGCUGCCCUUAUCCUGGACCAGCUGCGGGCCUGUCAAGCUGAGCUGUCAGCUCGAGUGAGGCAGCACCAUUCCCUCAGUGAAGCUACCCCAAACCCACCCUUCCUCCCAGCAGAUUCCAAAGGCUGGCCUGUUCCCCUGCAGGCCUUGAGCCUCCCUGAGUUGUCAGGGGCUCUGGAAGACCGUGUCCAUGAGAUGGGGCAUGCAUUAUGCUCUGUAACACAGAGCCUGGAGAAACUACAGAUGCUGAAUGGGAAGAAAUGGCGGGAACCGUAGCCAGGAGGGACGAUUCUGACGUUGGGUGAUGAAUCCACCCUGAAGUUAUGUGCCACGCAAGACAGGGCAGUGAGCAGAUGGCUGCGGCAGCCCAGGGAAUAGAAGACCAGCCCAGGGAGCAGCUUGUGGACAGGAGGACAGGCCUUCAGUCCCCACUAGGGCAGCUUGGGCCAGCCCUGAGACAGGAUAAAGGGCCUAGCACCCAGAGGCCCACGCGGGUAGGCAGCUUUGGCCCAGAACAGGCAGGGCUGUAUGGAGAGGGUGUGUCCUGCACAUGCAGGUGCCACACUGAGGUCUGAUCUUACAGGCAAGGUCUGGGGUGCCUAGAAAAUGUACUCUUUGAAAAUAAAAUUAGAUACAAGUUG